CCCAUUGCUGAUUUUCUGUUCUUUCUUCUCGUUUUUAUUCCACAACUGAAGAACCAAGGAUCUGUUUCGGAACGAAGCACCGCCGUAUGGAUUGUCGGCGUCGUCUCGUGAUUCUUUCUCUUGUUCUUUUUUCCAUUUUUCCCGAUCCCUCUCUUCAGUCCUCCAGAUGGCGUGGAGCUGCAAAAACGAAAGAGUCGGUGCUGCGACUGGUGACCGGAGCUCCGGCGACUUUCAUUGAUCCGACCCGGGUUACCCCAAUCUCUUGGCACCCCAGGGCUUUCUUAUAUAAAGGGUUCUUGUCAUACGAAGAGUGUGAUCAUCUCAUUGCUCUGGCCAAGGAUAAGCUGGAGAAGUCCAUGGUUGCUGACAAUGAAUCUGGAAAGAGCGUAGAGAGUGAAGUUCGGACUAGUUCUGGCAUGUUUCUUUCAAAAGCCCAGGACGAAGUUGUUGCUGCUAUUGAAGCCAGGAUAGCGGCAUGGACUUUCUUACCUCCGGAGAAUGGAGAAUCUAUGCAAGUACUGCGAUAUGAACAUGGGCAAAAAUACGAGCCACAUUUUGAUUAUUUUCAUGACAAGGUCAAUCUAGAAUUAGGCGGUCAUCGUGUGGCAACUGUUCUUAUGUACUUAUCUUCUGUUGAGAAAGGUGGGGAAACAAUAUUCCCUAAUUCAGAGCUAAAAGACACUCAGGUGAAGGGCGAUGACUGGUCCGAAUGUGCUAUUAAUGGCUAUGCAGUGAAACCAUAUAAGGGUGAUGCAUUGUUGUUUUUCAGUCUACAUCCGAAUGCAACUACUGACCCUCUGAGCUUACAUGGAAGUUGCCCUGUACUUGAAGGUGAGAAGUGGUCUGCAACGAAAUGGAUUCAUGUGAGGUCUUUUGAUUCACCAGCCAGCGGAUGCGCCGAUCUUCAUGAAAACUGCUAUGCUUGGUCUGUUGCUGGCGAAUGUGACAAAAAUCCUCUCUACAUGGUGGGGUCCAAACACUCUCUAGGAAAGUGUAGGAAAAGCUGCAAAGUAUGUUCAUAAAAAUAUAGUGGUCUCGGCCAUUUCUGUUCCUUAUUGAUCUUCAAGAANNCCCCCCCCCCCCCCCCACACACAGAAACACAGCAUAUCAGUUUGUAUAGUUGAUGUACUUUGUAUUAAACAGAAUAUUGAGAAAGAAUUACUCUUGGCUGAGAAGUGCAUGAUAGUAAGCAAAUUAGCUAUUGAAACCCUCUUGGGGUGUGUAAA